UUAGGUUUGAAGAUGCAAAACUGGACUUUUGACCUCCACCUAAUUAUCAAACCCUGUUCCUUCUAAUCCUCUAUAAGAAUUCAGAUAUAUUUUGAUAUUUUAAUUGCAGAACUGAAAUCAUACCGUCCAUCAAUCCUUUUUGGGCUGUGAUCAAUAUCACCCCCAAAAACUCAAAGCCCAAUUCUAGACAACUACAUAAGGUUACUGAAAAAGGCAAAGAGUAAAAAACAUUUUUCCAGUUAGCUUUAAAACUUAGCUUUUCUCAGAAUAACUUCAAAAACCCAUCACCCAACAGCCCCGUCAUCUUCCUUUAUCAACAGGAUCUGGGUAUCUGGUUUUGGGUUGGGAAGAACUUAAUUUAAAGAGACGCACUGUUUUCAAUAUGAGGAACCUUUGAUUUGCCUAUGAAAAAUUGAUGGCUAAUCUAACAACAUCAAUAGUUUCAGAUUCCUUAGAACAGAAGGGAAUUCAUAUAGUGGAAUCAAACGUUGACAUGCAAGCUCCAAUGAUCCAGCAAAACCAAAGCUCUUCAGAUGGUCCUGUGGCUAUCCUCUGGGACAUUGAGAAUUGCCCUGUCCCAAGUGAUGUCCGCCCAGAAGAUGUGGCUGGUAAUAUAAGAAUGGCUUUGCGGGUGCAUCCGGUGAUUAAAGGAGCUGUUAUGAUGUUUUCUGCAUAUGGAGAUUUUAAUUCAUUCCCCAGACGACUCAGAGAGGGAUGUCAGAGAACUGGUGUCAAACUCAUAGAUGUUCCAAAUGGGAGAAAGGAUGCUGCUGACAAGGCUAUCUUGGUUGACAUGUUUCUUUUUGCCCUUGACAACCGUCCACCUUCUUCCAUCAUGCUGAUCUCAGGGGAUGUUGAUUUUGCACCAGCCCUUCACAUCCUUGGUCAACGUGGGUAUACGGUGAUCCUUGUCAUCCCGUCUGGAGUGGGUGUUUCGUCUGCUCUUUGCAAUGCUGGCAAGUUUGUUUGGGACUGGCCCAGUGUGGCUCGUGGUGAAGGCUUUGUGCCUCCUGCAAAGGUUUUGAUGCCUCCUCGUGGAGCACCUGAUCUCACUGGGUACUUAAUGGGGUGCCAUAUUAAUGAUUGCACAGAUCCUCAAAAUGAAGAGGAAGCAAUUGUUUAUAGGGGAAUCUCGCAAAGUUAUUACAAAUCUAAAGACUUCUCAAUUAUGUCACAGUCCUUGUCCGAGUAUGCCAGUACAUCUGCAAUCAACUUGCCUUAUUUUCCUACAUCCUUAAGGACCCAAAGUCUACCACCUGUUUUGAAUGAAGUUUCAGCCGGUCCUGUGUCUUCUGUUGAACAAAAUGAUUAUACCAUGUGGGUUCAACCUGGAGAUAUUAAAGGUUUGAAAGCACAGAUGGUGAAGUUGCUUGAACUGUCUGGAGGGUGCUUGCCUCUUAUUCGUGUUCCUGCUGAGUAUCAGAAAUUAUUUGGGAGGCCCCUGUAUGUGUCCGAGUAUGGGGCAUACAAACUUGUAAAUCUCUUCAAAAAGUUGGGUGAGACAAUGGCAAUAGAAGGGAGAGGCCAAAGGAAAUUUGUCUACCUCCGAAACUGGAAAGCAGGUCCAAGUGUAAUUCUAGCGAGGAAGGAUAAGAAAGUAAAGGGUUCUCAGGAGGAGAGUAUGAAUACCAGUGGCGCUUGUGGUUCAUCAGAUGAGCUUUCCGAUGAUGAAAGAGUGGUUGUUGAAGAACAGGAUGUGGGAAGGAACCAAGUGAAAACAAAUAUGGGGAUGAUGAGUCAACCAGAGAUUGAUGACCAAAAUCUCAAGCAGUUCAAGCUUGAACUGCAAGAGAUUCUAGUGAGCUAUUCUUGCCGGAUUUUCCUGGGUUGUUUCGAGGCAAUAUACCAGCAACGAUACAAGAGGGCUCUGGAUUAUCAUAAAUUUGGUGUGGAUCAGCUGGAGGAGCUGCUUGAAAAGGUGAGCGAUGUCGUUGUUUUGCAUGAAGAACCAGUGAGCAAGAGGAAGUUCCUGGUUGCAGUAGGUGGCUAAAGGAAAGUGAAAGUUGCCACUCCUUGUAACCUUUUUUUUUUUUUUAAAUUUUCUUUUAACUUAUGUAGAUGCAGUGAUCGAGGUACGCUUUUUAGUCCUUAAAUCACUCAAUCAAGAAAAUUUCUUCUUUUUCUUCAUCCAAAAAUUUCAGAAAGAUGAUAGGAGACUGUUGAUGGCCUGCAUGGAUUUGAAAGUUUAUUUUGAAAAUUUCCAUGUAAGCCUCGAUCGCAGCCUGUGUAACGUAUUGAUUAAAUUCUAAUGUGAGAUUUGUAAGUAAAUCCACGGUUCAGUAUCUCUUA